AUGUCCCGCGCCACCUCGCGCGCAAGCUUUUUCACGGCCAUGUCACCGACCUCGCGCAACUCGCUCGAGACACAGGGUUCCAGCAACGGCGCCAAACCCCACCACCCUCUCCAUCGCCGUCCAUCACCCUACGACCUGACUCACCCCUAUCUCAAGUCCCACCCGAACCUGGAGCUCCACCCAGAGUUUGCUGUCGAUGGCGACGUCAUCAUCUUGUGUCGCGAGGACGAGAACGUUGUCGGGUUCCGCGUGCGCUCGAGUGUGCUUCGCGCGUCGAGUGGCGUGUUCGUCCAGGAGCUGAACAGUGCUCGGUUCGCCGACACGCGCACAAUCGUCUCUCGCGAUGCUGUCACUGACAUGCACGCGGUUCUGAGGUUCCUCCACCUCGGGUCGAGCGACCACGCGGGACCCACCAUUUCCCCAACUCUCCGCGACUACACUGCCAUCCUCGCCUUUGUGAGCCUGUACGACGCCCCACCGGCGCUGCGCUCCUUGCUCCGGUGGCACGUCGAGGGCUGUGCGGCUGAGCUGGUGGCCGAGGUUGGCGCCGAGCCCAAUGACAAGGAAGUGAUCGCGAUUGUCCGUCUGGCUCACCGUCUCCGCGCCGAGGCUCUGUGGAAGGAGAUUCUGGACAAGAGUGCCGAGAACAUGAGCGCCGGUUGGCGAGUCUUGCAUGACCCGUGGACGCUCGAGGAGGACGACAUUGAGCACCUCGAGUUUCGCCUGUGGUCACUCCUUAUCCUGCUCUCUCGCGUCAAGGGGACUGUCGGGACGACGCUCGACCAGCUCACUCUUCAUUACCCUAAUGCCAAGCAAGUCAAUGUGGUCGGUAAGAAUGGCCAGAAGCUGGACAUUGUGCACACACUCGUCUGA